GCUCCACCGAGAGUGAUGUUAGAGAAGAGACAAGACACUGCGUAUCGCAUUCGUUUUGGUGUUCAACAUUACAGCCAUUGCAGUGCAUUUGAGAUCCAAGCGGCAGCUUUUGAUACCGAUAUUGAGAUGGGGAAAGAUCCAACGAAGCCGAGGGGCAAGAUGUCCUCCUAUGCCUACUUUGUCCAGACCUGUCGAGAGGAGCACAAGAAGAAACACCCGGAAGCUUCCGUCAACUUCUCCGAGUUCUCCAAGAAGUGCUCUGAGAGAUGGAAGACCAUGUCUGCCAAGGAGAAGGGGAAGUUUGAGGAUCUGGCCAAGCUGGACAAGGUGCGUUAUGAGAGGGAGAUGAGGAGCUACAUUCCUCCCAAGGGAGAGAAGAAGAAGAGGUUUAAGGACCCCAAUGCCCCCAAGAGACCAUCGUCUGCUUUCUUCAUCUUCUGCGCUGAUUUCCGACCCCAGGUGAAGGGGGAGACCCCUGGCCUGUCUAUCGGUGACGUGGCCAAGAAGCUGGGAGAGAAGUGGAACAACCUGACAGCAGAAGACAAGGUGCCCUAUGAGAAGAAGGCUGCGAAGCUGAAGGAGAAGUACGAGAAGGACAUCACUGCGUAUCGCAACAAGGGCAAGGUGCCCGUCAGCAUGCCAGUGAAGGUCGCUGCCCCAACCAAGGACGACGACGACGACGAUGACGACGACGACGACGAUGACGACGACGACGACGACGACGAUGACGAGUAGAUCCACGUCGUCGUUGUUGUUGUUAGAUCUUAUCAUUUCUUGUUUAUAAAACAUUUAACCCUUCUUGUUCACGCAUCACUCAGAACAAAAGAAAAAAAACAUUACUUGAAAAAGUUACACAAAAAAAAACAACCCCCCUCCCUUCUCCUCUCUCCCUCCAAAAGCGUAAACUCUGUGUGUUUUGCAGCUGUACAGAUUGUUGUCACCUGUCUGUGUUUCUUUCUCCCAGUCUCUCUGCGUCCAAAAAUGGAAUCCUAUUCCUUAUUUCGUGCACUACUUUUGACAAAGACCUAAUAGGGUUCAGGUUAAAAGUAGGUCACUAUAUAGGGAAUAGGGUGCAAUUUGUGGACGCCCCCACCCCGCCCCCGCCUCCUUUGUUACAGUUUAAAGCGGUUUGUAAAAAAAAAAAAAAAAUGUAUUGGAAACCGAUGGGUCUAUUUGCCUUAGCUAGCAGUGCACAACAGCACAGUACCUAGUUAUAAUGUAGGGUCUUAGUCGUUCUUCUGUUUCCAAUGGGCCCCGUGCGUUUUGUUUUUCUUCUUGUUUUUAAAUGCCGUAAACGUCAUAAAGAUAUUUUACUGGACUAUUUGAAAACCACUGUCAUUGGAGAAAAAAAAAAUAGGAAAUAUUUGCUUCUUUUUUUGAGAUUCUGAAUUGCUUCUGACGUCAAUAAACUUUUUUUUUUUUAUAUAUAUA